UUCUAUAAUGAACAAUAGAACUUAAUGAGAUCAUUCGUUAAAAGAUCAAAGAUAAUUUCUUUAUUGCGUAAUUUUAAUUGUCAUAAAGCCUAUAAAAGUGCAGCAUUUCCGCACUAUCAAUUCAUUUUUCAGCUAAAGUCAGCAUUUGUAAUCUCAAUACUGUUGUGAUACCUUCAUUAAAAUGAGAAAAAUUUGGUGCUUCAUAUUAUUAUCAUUACUUUAUGGGAUGCAACUUACAGCAUCAACAGACAAUGAUUCAUCUAAUGAAAUUGACUAUAUAGACUCAACCGAUGUGACGAAUUCAACUGAUAAAAGUUUAAAGUGUGUUGGUUGGGGAACAGGAGGUAUACCAAGUGUCCCAAGUGCAGACAUACCAACGGAACCACUGCAAGCUAAUCCAAAUAUGCCAAGUAAACUUAGACAGAGAAAUUCGCGACAAAGAAGUAAUGCAUAUAGAAGAGCUACUGUAGCACCGAAGACAUCAACUGGAUCGAGUCCGACGAAUUCUGUUCCUGCAACUUAAGUAUCAUUUCAGCUUUAGGAACAUUUGACCGGAUUCCAGUAGAACUAAGCUAUUUUGAGCACUAUUUUUCAAAAUAAAAAAUUAAAUUUUGGAUAGGG